UCUCUCGUAGAUGGUUUGGUCCAUUCUCAUUCGAAGCUCGGAGCGGGAGGAAGUCGCUCUUCUUUAGCCGGUUGUUGUUGAUUUUUCUCGAAGAAGGAAAAAAGCUUCACAUGUAAAAAGCAGGUUCGCUCCACAGGAUGGACAUGACGACGUGUUUGAAGUCUUUGCUGUUGGCUAUCCAGCAGUACAGAGACGGCAGGACAGCACAGAACGCAGCCCAGCUACAGAAACAAGUGGAGGAGGUUUCAAGCCUGAAAUGUGACCAGUUGCUGUCCUCAGGUCAGGUUCUGCCCAGUGAGUGUGUGAGUGGGCUGGUGGAGCUGGUUGGAAACCCAAACACCAGCCUGACACUGACGAGCUCCAUCAUCUCCCUGCUGGCACAGCUAGCCUGUGAUGAUGACAGUCGAGAGACUCUUCACAGCAGCUACAACCUCACCAGCACCCUGGCUUCUGUCAUCCACUGCCACCGUGCCACACCAAGAGAACCCCUGGUACUGCAGUGUUUGCAGGUGCUGCAGAAACUGACUUACAACACUCGCAUCUUCCAGUCUACAAACUAUAUCCAUGAGCUCAUCACUUUUCUCGUCACCAAUAUCCAGUCGCACAAUGACGACAUCAUCAUGCCGUGCCUCGGCCUCAUGGCUAACCUCUGUCGGGACAACCACUCAGUGCAGAGCCACAUAAAGUCUCUGGAGAACGUAAAGCCGUUCUAUCGCACUCUGAUCAACUUCCUGGCUCACAACAGUUUGACUGUGGUCGUGUUCACUCUGUCCAUACUGGCCAGCCUCACACUGAAUGAGAAGGUUGGAGAGAAGCUCUUUGAUGCAAAGAACAUCCAUCAGACCUUCCAGCUUGUGUUCAACAUCAUCGUGAAUGGUGACGGUACACUGACGAGAAAAUACUCUGUUGACCUUUUAGUCGACCUUUUGAAGAACCCCAAGAUAGCAGAUUACCUCACUAAGUAUCAGCACUUCUCAGCAUGUGUGUCUCAAGUUUUGGGACUGCUGCAGUCAAAAGACCCAGACUCUGCAGCAAAGGUGUUGGAGCUUCUCCUGGCCAUGUGCAGUGUCUCAGGGCUGCGUUUGCUGCUGUGCGAGGUGGUUUUCAAACCGGCUGCGCCAAAACUCAGAGCUGCAGGCCGCAGACAGGCGGCAGGACUGGACGGCGGGCGCAAAACCGAGCCUGGACUCGCCCUGGUGCAGUGGCUGAGCUCGCCUGUGGAGGGCGCCGAGUCCUGCUCGCUCAAGUCCCUGCAGCUGUUGAAUGAGCUGCUGGAGGAGGCGCUGGGAGGAGACAGUGUGUCUGACGGGGUGCUGAGCUUCGUAGAAAUGUUGCUUCCAGUCCUGUUGGGGCUGCUGAAGGGCCUCGAUCCUGCACAGGGAGACGCUCACCUCAGGAAACACUGCCACCGCAUCACACACGUCACCGGCCUGCUGCUCGUCCUCUGCGCUGAGGACUCCACCAGAUCCGUAGUGUCCCGUCAGGUGAGCGCUCAGCUCUGCCUCUCGCAGGUUCAGUCCCUCCUCUCCUGUUGUCAUAGCAACAGCCCCCUCACCUGCCUCCCUGCCGGCUCUGAGAACGACCUCAGUCAGGUGUUUGCAGAAGCUCUGCUGAAGACUCUGGAGUUAAUGAGCAAACUGAGGCAACAGGUGAAAGACAUGGAGACCAGCUUCUACAGGAUGUUACAGGACCAGAGGAUCGUGACGCCGCUCUCUCUCGCCCUGACGUCCCACCACAGAGAGCGUGUGCAGACUGGACUCGCCCUCUUGUUUGAAGCCACGCCCCUCCCUGACUUCCCCUCGCUGAUUCUGGGAGAAAGUAUCGCCGCCAACAACGCCUACCGCCAGAGAGAGUCUGAGCUGUCCGUCAAACGUGUUGCAGUGCAGGAAGUCCCGCCCCCCAGCGUACUGGACUCUUCCAGCGGUUCCAGUCGGAGCAUCCACAGUCUGGUUGAGAAGAUACAGAACGGCUUAGAGCUGCAGGAACACGUUAAGGACUCACACGUGUCCGACAUCAUCAACGUUUAUGAACACAAGCUCUCCGCAUUCGCGUCGAAGGAGAAUCGGCUGCAGGACCUGCUGGAGGCGAAGGCUCUGGCUCUCUCUCAGGCCGACCGCCUGAUCGCUCAGUAUCGCUUCCAGCGAGCUCAAGCUGAGGCUGAGGCCUGUCAGCUGGGCGCUCUGCUGAAGGAGGCAGAGCGGCGCCGUGAGGACCUGCAGGGUGAGCUGAGCACCCAGGUGCUGGAGGUGGAGCGCUCCAAGGCCGACAUGGAGGAGCUGCUGCAGCACAACGCCCGGCUGCAGAAGGACUCGGAGGAGCACCAGGCCCUCAAAGGAGCCUACAACGCCCUGCUCAACAGGUUCAACGAGAGCGAGCGGCUGCUGAAGGAGCUGCAGACGGCUCACAUCUCGCUCACCAAACAGAGCGAGUCUCUGAGGAAGAACCACGAGGCGCUACAGCUGCAGCAUGAAAAGUUGGCGUCGUUGUUGGAGGAGAGAGAGGACGACAUCAGGUCUCUCCAGUCAGAUCUACAGAAGAAGAACAGAGACAUCGCAGGUCUGCAGGGUGAACUGAGAGCGGAGGAGGAGAAGGCGAAGGAAAAGGAUCAAGAGAAGAGAGAACUGGAGGAGACGGUGGAUGUUUUAAGGAAGGAGCUGAACAAGACGGAGCAGGCGAGGAAGGACGCCAGCAUCAAGGCGUCGUCUCUGGAGCUGCAGAAGAGUCAGCUGGAGGUGAAGCUGAAGCAGAAGGAGGACGAGCUGAACAAACACUCUGCGAUGAUCUCGAUGAUCCACAGCCUCAGCAGCGGCAAGAUGAAGAGUGACGUCAACCUGUCGCUCUGAUUAACGGCUCAGAUGAGUCACGAGGACGAUGGAUAGAUAAAUUAAACCUUUAUGGACCAUGAUUUUAAUGUUUUAAACUCCCCAGAAGUUUUUUAACACCUAAUAAAACAAGCUUAAUGAAACAUACUAAACUAAACUUGUAUUUUUAGAGUCCAGUCAUAAUGAAAUGUGUGUGUGUGUGUCCGUGUUUUUGUCGUUUGGUAAAUAAAUGAUGGAUCUGUAGAAAGUCUAAA